GGCGGGUGCGUCGAGCUCGCAGCGGAACCAAGAUGGCGGCGUGUGGACGUGUACUGAGACUGUUCCGCUCGUCGGCGGUGCUGCAGCUAGUGCUGCUGCUCGCGGCUGUCGGGGCCCAGAAAUUCCUGGGUCAGGGCAGCCACAGCCAGGGGCAGGGUGCAGGGGCCAACUUUGUUCCUUUUGUCGGGCAGGCUGGAGGCGGUGGCCCAGUGGGUCAGCAGCAGCCCCAGGUACCUCAGUCAUUGCAGUUUCAGCAACAACAGCAGCAGCAACAACAACAGCAACAACAGCAACAACAGCAGCCUCCUCAGCCUCCGCAACCGCCUUUCCCAGCGGGUGGGCCUUCGGCCCGGCGGGGCGGAGCGGGGCCCGGCGGGGCUGGUGGGAGCUGGAAGCUGGCGGAGGAAGAGUCCUGCAGGGAGGACGUGACCCGGGUGUGCCCCAAGCACACCUGGAGCAACAACCUGGCGGUGCUCGAGUGCCUGCAGGACGUGAGGGAGCCUGAAAAUGAAAUUUCUUCAGAUUGCAAUCAUUUGUUGUGGAAUUACAAACUGAACCUGACUACUGAUCCCAAAUUUGAAUCUGUGGCCAGAGAGGUUUGCAAAUCAACCAUAUCAGAGAUUAAAGAAUGUGCUGAUGAACCAGUUGGAAAAGGUUACAUGGUUUCCUGCUUGGUGGAUCAUCGAGGCAACAUCACUGAGUAUCAGUGUCACCAGUACAUUACCAAGAUGACGGCCAUAAUUUUCAGUGAUUACCGUUUAAUUUGUGGCUUCAUGGAUGACUGCAAAAAUGACAUCAACAUUCUGAAAUGUGGAAGCAUUCGACUUGGUGAAAAGGAUGCACAUUCACAAGGUGAAGUGGUGUCGUGCUUGGAGAAAGGCCUCGUGAAGGAGGCAGAAGAAAAAGAACCCAAGAUUCAGGUCUCUGAACUCUGUAAGAAAGCCAUUCUCCGGGUGGCUGAGCUGUCCUCAGACGACUUUCAUCUAGACCGGCAUUUAUAUUUUGCUUGUCGAGAUGAUCGUGAGCGGUUUUGUGAAAAUACACAAGCUGGUGAAGGCAGAGUGUAUAAAUGCCUCUUCAACCAUAAAUUUGAAGAAUCCAUGAGUGAAAAGUGUCGGGAAGCACUGACAACCCGCCAGAAGCUGAUUGCCCAGGAUUAUAAAGUCAGCUAUUCACUGGCCAAAUCAUGCAAGAGUGACUUGAAGAAGUACCGGUGCAAUGUGGAGAACCUUCCUCGGUCCCGGGAAGCCAGACUCUCCUACCUUCUCAUGUGCCUGGAGUCAGCUGUGCACAGAGGGCGACAAGUGAGCAGUGAGUGCCAAGGGGAGAUGUUGGAUUACCGACGUAUGCUGAUGGAAGACUUCUCCUUGAGCCCUGAGAUCAUCCUGAGCUGUCGAGGGGAGAUCGAACACCACUGUUCUGGGUUACAUCGGAAAGGGCGAACCCUGCACUGUCUGAUGAAAGUGGUUCGAGGGGAGAAGGGGAACCUGGGGAUGAAUUGCCAGCAGGCGCUUCAAACACUGAUUCAGGAGACGGACCCAGGUGCAGAUUACCGCAUUGACCGUGCUUUGAAUGAAGCUUGUGAAUCUGUAAUACAGACAGCCUGCAAACACAUACGAUCGGGAGACCCAAUGAUCCUCUCGUGCCUGAUGGAACAUCUCUACACAGAGAAGAUGGUAGAAGAUUGUGAGCAUCGUCUCCUGGAGCUGCAGUAUUUCAUCUCCCGGGACUGGAAGCUGGACCCAGUGUUGUACCGCAAAUGCCAGGGAGAUGCUUCGCGGCUGUGCCACACCCACGGUUGGAACGAGACCAGCGAGCUCAUGCCCCCCGGCGCCGUCUUCUCCUGUCUGUAUAGACACGCCUAUCGCACCGAGGAGCAGGGACGGAGGCUCUCUCGGGAGUGCCGAGCUGAAGUCCAAAGGAUCCUGCACCAGCGAGCCAUGGAUGUGAAGCUGGACCCUGCCCUCCAGGAUAAGUGCCUCAUAGAUCUGGGGAAGUGGUGUAGUGAGAAAACAGAGACUGGGCAGGAGCUUGAGUGCCUCCAGGACCAUCUGGAUGACUUGGCCGUGGAAUGCAGAGACAUAGUGGGCAACCUCACCGAGCUGGAGUCAGAGGAUAUUCAAAUAGAAGCCUUGCUGAUGAGAGCCUGCGAGCCCAUCAUUCAGAACUUUUGCCACGAUGUGGCAGACAACCAGAUAGACUCUGGGGACCUGAUGGAGUGUCUGAUACAGAAUAAGCACCAGAAGGACAUGAACGAGAAGUGUGCCAUCGGAGUCACCCACUUCCAGCUGGUGCAGAUGAAGGAUUUUCGGUUCUCUUACAAGUUCAAAAUGGCCUGUAAGGAGGAUGUGUUGAAACUUUGCCCCAACAUAAAAAAGAAGGUGGAUGUGGUCAUCUGCCUGAGCACCACCGUGCGCAACGAUACUCUGCAGGAAGCCAAGGAGCACAGAGUGUCCCUGAAGUGCCGAAAGCAGCUCCGCGUGGAGGAGCUGGAGAUGACAGAGGACAUCCGUCUGGAGCCAGAUCUCUAUGAAGCCUGCAAGAGUGACAUCCGGAACCACUGUUCCACUGUGCAGUAUGGCAAUGCUCAGAUUAUUGAAUGUCUAAAAGAAAACAAGAAGCAACUGAGUACCCGCUGUCACCAGAAAGUAUUUAAGCUGCAGGAGACAGAGAUGAUGGACCCGGAACUGGACUAUACACUCAUGCGAGUGUGCAAGCAGAUGAUAAAGAGGUUCUGCCCAGAAGCAGAUUCUAAAACCAUGUUACAGUGCUUGAAGCAAAAUAAAAACAGUGAAUUGAUGGAUCCCAAGUGCAAACAGAUGAUAACCAAGCGCCAAAUCACCCAGAACACAGAUUACCGCUUAAACCCUGUGCUGAGGAAAGCCUGUAAAGCUGACAUUCCAAAAUUCUGUCAUGGCAUCCUGACCAAGGCCAAGGACGAUUCAGAGCUAGAAGGCCAAGUCAUCUCUUGCCUCAAGCUGCGAUAUGCUGACCAGCGGCUCUCUUCAGACUGUGAGGACCAGAUCCGGAUUAUCAUCCAGGAGUCGGCACUAGAUUACCGCCUCGACCCUCAGCUCCAGCUCCAUUGCUCAGAUGAGAUUGCCAGUCUCUGUGCUGAGGAAGCAGCAGCCCAGGAGCAGACAGGUCAAGUGGAGGAGUGUCUCAAGGUCAACCUGCUCAAGAUCAAAACGGAAAUGUGUAAAAAGGAAGUGUUAAACAUGCUGAAGGAAAGCAAGGCAGACAUCUUUGUGGACCCCGUUCUUCACACCGCGUGUGCCCUGGACAUCAAACACCACUGUGCGGCCAUCACCCCUGGCCGUGGGCGCCAGAUGUCCUGCCUGAUGGAGGCCCUGGAGGAUAAACGGGUACGGUUACAACCCGAGUGCAAAAAGCGCCUCAAUGACCGGAUUGAAAUGUGGAGUUAUGCAGCAAAGGUGGCCCCAGCAGAUGGCUUCUCUGACCUUGCCAUGCAAGUGAUGACAUCACCAUCAAAGAACUACAUCCUGUCUGUGAUCAGUGGGAGCAUCUGCAUAUUGUUCCUGAUCGGUCUGAUGUGUGGACGGAUCACCAAACGAGUGACACGAGAACUCAAGGACAGGUAGAGCUGCCUUGAGCACCAAAGGAACUCCCUGCCCAGUGCCCCGUUUGUACAGCCUUCCUGUAUAGUGUACCCUCUUACCUCGCCCUUCUAAGAGGUGGCACCAACACCCACGAUAGAGCAGCAGCAGGUGCCCUCUGCAUUGUCCCAUCCAGACUUGGCCAUGCCCACGGUGUCUUCUUCCUCCACCGCUGCCAUCGCCAUCUGUGCAGUGUCCACAGCUGGCCACUUUGGUGGUUGCCUUGUUGGCGAACUUGGGUUACCUGCCUGUAGACAAGUCUCUCUCCUACAGCAGAACUACCAUUUCUUCCAGAACCAACUCACCUGACCUGCAACUCAUGCUUUUGUAAAAAAACUACCAAAAAAAAGGAAAGAAAUUUUUAAAGAAAGAAAAAAAAAUGUAUAUAAUAACACAUCUCCUCCAGGCUUGACUUGGGCAGCAGGGUUGUUUCUUCCAUGUAGCUUCGUCAGAUAAAGGCAGGAACUUGAGAAGACCCAUACGCCCAGUACGCAGUCACUGAGAUGUCUGGCUUGUCUCCCAGCAGCAUCUUCAGGCCAUGCCAGGCCUGGGACUUCACUGGGUAGUGGGAAGCCACUAACCAGCCUGAUUUGGGUCCUGUUUGCUUCCAGUUGUCACUGAAAAUGAGCCACUGCUGAUCACAGUCCCACAGCCAUGGGUAUUUCUGUGAUCUCCUUACCACAGUGCGGUAAGGUGUUCGCCUCCCUGAGCUGAGGGCAAGUGAGCUGGGGUCAGCUCAGGAGUCUGAAGUGGGACCGUCCUGCCGAGGAUCUGCGGGGUGACCGGAUUCAGAGUGUGCAGGCAGCAGGAGCCAUCACCUUCCUCCCCAGGAUGGUGUGGGACUGUCCAGCAAGGUCGCCCCAACUGAGGGGCCAUUGCUUUCGAAGUUCUCUGCCACCAGGAGAGGAUCCUGCGAGACAGGGUGAAAAGCGCAAGGGUCUGACCCACGUGGCUUUAUUUUCCAGCUACAGUACAGACCAGAGCCAGUGGCUGGUGGAGAUUUAGUGUGGUCUUGGGAGUAACUGGUGCCCCGCCUGGCCACCCCGCACGCUCCAGGCAGAUCCCCAGACAGGCUCCUUUGUGCUCACAUGGAGGGCAUGGUGAGUGGUGGCAUUAAAAGAUGGAGGAUUGUCUCCGUUCUUCUCUGUCCAUUUGCUGCACCCUGGUGCUGCACGCACCCUGGGAGGCACUAGCUAAGUGCAGUAUUUUGGUGACGCCUGGACAUUCUGGAAUCCGAGCUUUAUAGGGGCACUGUUCGUGGCCACGCUCCUUGUCCCUCCAGGGUGGAGACGACAGGUUUGGGGCACAGGAGGGGGAGCCUGGGCAUCGAAGUUCAGCCUGGCCACCUUUGGUUGCGUUGUGGCAGUGGCGUGACAGUGGCUGCGCGGGAGGGCAGCAUGUACAGUAGGAGAUAUAUUUAUAUAAUAUAUAUUUUAUUAACCUGUUAAAUGUCCACGGAGUAUUAUAAAUCAUGUGCCUAAACCUGGCCCUGUAGACCCAGGCCCAUCGCAGCACCUCUCCUCCUCCUAGGCCCUGGGUGCAGCCCAUGAAUGCCAGCACCUACCGGAGCGGCAUCUGUCUUCCCUGAAGUCUGUCCCCUACAGGCUGCGUCCAUUGCAGAUCUGUCGACCCAGAUGCUCCUCGUCUAACCUGACUGAUGUACCUUUGAAUACUGUGGUUUUCUUCUUUCUUUUCUUUCCUUUGUCUUUUUUGCUGCCUUUCCUAGAGGCAGUGGGUUCCAGAAGCCAGCUGUAUGUCCCCAGCCUAGGGUAAUGCAAGUCACCAAGAAAAGCUGCUAAGCCACCUGGUCCCUCAGGGUCCUGCUCUAGGGUCUUCCUGAUUCGCAGCAGUUGUCCUGGGAGUCUUCAGUCUCAUGAGACUUGAAACGCUGCAGUGUGAGCACCAUGCUAGCCCGCACGCUCUACAGACUGAGCUGAGCUGGCCUGGGGGGCCCCUCCCUCUCUGGGGCUACCCAUCAAGGGGCGCCAGGCACCAUGGAUGCAGCCAAUGUUACAGCAGUGUGCUUUUCGGGAUAUGAUUCUUGUUUCCUUGGGUGGGGAGUGUCACUCCCGGUAAAGCAUCCUUGUGGUUCUGAUGCGCCUCUAUAUUUGUAUUCUUCUGAACUGACAGGAAAUCCCCUUAGUAGUCUGCAGCAGAUUUGAAGGUUAAAUGAACUUGGUUCAUGAAACAUUUGUCAUAUUUAGAAGUAGACUAGAAAGGAUAACUCUGCUGGUAUCUGGAGUUGCUUGUUACAAGAAAGUAUGCACCAUCCUCUUGCGAGUGUUUUCCUAUGACUGGAAAGGUCUUGAGCAAAUUUUCCUAAAUCCAGGGGAUCCAGCAUCAUCUGCAUUGGCAGCCCCAUCCCACUCAUCCUACACCUCAUUUGGCAUCACAGAGCAGGUUCUGGGCCACCUGGGUCCCUGGCCUCAUAGGUCAGUCGAGGUCAUAAAUCAGCAGUCGGGAACUAGUCAGGAGCCGAUGGUGGGGUUUGGCCUUAUGCAUCCCGGAUAAGAAUACACCUUUCAGGUAGGAUUUGGGCCACAGCCAAAGCUCCAGGUACUUGCUAAAAAUUACAACGGCCAGGUCACUGGCCUUGCCAGCUUAUACCAGUACCUCAGAGAGUAGACUUAGUGCUCCACCUCCCUCCAAGGAUCCGGAAGCCUGACACCAGGGCUGGAGGUGCUGUGUAUGGCAGGGGCCGUCAGAGAUCCGGACAGAAUCCCAUAGACAGGACUAACUGCUCCCUGUCAUGGGACUCCCCCCACAGAAGGGCCCACUCCGUGAGUGAUCGAUCUACCAUUAUCUACUGUGGUGCAUCCCUGGAGUUCUCUGCCAUCGCUCCUGCCCCAUGAUAGAUCUUUUGGUAAGAUCUGCUGACAGCAGAGCCAUACCAAAGGCUGAGGUCUGUGCCUCUGGUGCUCUGCAUUCCUGGGAGACCUAUGGCUGCCACUCCCAGGCCUGGUUUGUGGAUCUAGCCGGGCUGUCUGAGCCAAUAAGUGUGUCCUUAGAAGUAAGGGGAACUCUAGGGCAAGCGAUGAGUUAGUAUUUAAUGAGCAGGUGUUGACAGGAACUUGCUACAGCUACCUUGGCUGCGCUGUCUCAUUCUGUGCUUGCCCUCCUGGGAUACAGUGAAAAACUUGGGUGGGGAGGACACUUUCCUAGAAGAUACAACAGAAAGUCACUGUCAGAUUUCAUGUCUUCCUGUUUCCUGAGGUCAAAUGAAGAAGAAUCCAAUGGCAAGGACAUUGCCAUUUGCAUUUUAUCAGACAUAUUGGGAAUAUUGUAGUUCAAGGCCUUUGACCUUCCCAAGAGGAGAUGUACCAUUGUGUACAUUGUGACUUCUGGAACUGUCCAUCCUUUCCACCUUCAGGCUUGUGCUACCACUUCUGUCCUAAAAAUCCCCGUAAAGAGUCAUUGAUGACGAGAGAGCUUCCUGGGCCUCCUUUCCUGGCUGGUCUCAAGUCCUCUUAAGAAAAGGUUCCCUCCCCAUUCCCGAAAACACCUUUCUCCACGUGCACCCAUCUCAGUAUGUGAGGCAGGUGGGGGAGGACACGCAGGCCCUUGGAAGUCAGCCCAGCGUGGCACCAGCACCCUAAAUUGUGCCGUAGAACCACGAGAAGAAUGUGGUUUUAUGGAACAUGUGCAUUUCAGUAUGUUUACUUGGAUUUCAGCUUCUUAUGAGGUGGAAACAUCUCAAAGCUCAGAAUGCCUCCUCAGAUUCCUUGCCAUGUGAGCACUCCUGAGUGAUUUUUAUAACAUGUGGUACCGGGCACCUUAGGGGUCUGUCUCCCAGCUCACCUCUCCACUGCUUGGCUUUGGCUCCCAAGGUGUCCCAGGCCAGAUCUGACACACCAGCCUCCCCUCCUUCCAUUUGUCUUGGGUCUGCCACCCGUAACCACACUCCACCUUGGACCCUCCACCAGGGAGGGCCAGGAUCGCAUGUCAGGGCAGUCUGGUCUAAGUCAGAUUCCCUUCCCUCCCAGGCCUCAGAGAACAGGUGAGUGGGCUUCAGGGUGACACAUUCCCCUGAGCCAUCCGUGAGACUGCUGCAGGGACACAGAAAAGGGACUGUCACCCAGGGCACAAAGAUGAGGUUGAUGGUGACAGCACCACAGCGGGGAGCCCUUCCCUGCCCCACUGGCCCGGGCACCUUGAUCCUGCCCUGGAGAGCUCUUCACAGGCAAGGAGGAAGUGCGGACCGCUUCUUUGUGUUGCAUUGGCCAUUCCCCUCACAUAGGCCUGGCCCCUGCAUCCCAGAGCCCAGACGGCCUCCUGCCAGGUGGUAGAACAGCUCUCCAGGUUCGUCCUGGCAGGAAAAUGGGCUGCAUAUUAGUGCCGUGUGAGAUCUGGGGCCUCUUACUUGUUUUUUGGUUUUGGGGUUUUUUUUGAAAGAAAGAAAAAAAGUACAAUUAAGCCUCUUUUGUAAAUGGGUUUCCUUUUUAUGUAUAAAAUCCUGGCAGUUCCUUGUUUUUACAUGUUCAUGCUGUGUAAUUUUGAGAUGUUACUGAGAUUCUGAACAUAAUGUGCAUUUUUUUCUGUACAGAUGAAAUGGGAGAAUUUAAUAAAGAGUUUGCAGGUUUGUACUUGUUAAA